AUGAACGGAUCAUUAAAUUAUGCAGCCAGCACAAAUCUAACGACCAUAUAUAAUCUGUCUGACAUCAACUCUGAAAUUGUAGAUUUUACUGAAAUAGAGUUGAACAAAUCACCGAGUUUUAUCAAACAUGACUCUGGAUUUAUUGUGGUAACUAAACUAAUUAUACUGACAGUUAUUAUGGCCGUCGGAAUCACUUGUAAUGUUAUAAUCAUAUAUUCUAUAGGAAAUAAGCCUCAAUUUCAUGGACCACCAUUUUAUUAUUUGAUUAGUCUGUCAGUUUCCGAUCUAUCCAGGACAAUCUUUUGUUUCCCUUUUGUUCUUUCUUCUAUUGUGGAAGGAUCUAUAUGGAAACAUGGGGAUUCCUCAUGUACGCUUUUGGCAUUUGCAAAUACAUUUUUUGUAUUCAGUUCUGUUGUAGCUUUAUUUGCUAUUGCAGUAGACAGACAUCUUGCCAUUGUUCAUACACAGUUUCACAAAAGACGAUCACGUGGGUUUAUGAAUCUCGCUAUUGUAGUUGUUGGUUGGUUAGUGUCGUUUGCUGUUUCGUUCCCGCCAGUUUUUGGAAUGGGUACAUACAAAUACAUACCAGAAGAAUCGCAGUGUACCUUUAGGCAUCACACCUACCGCGGUAAUGAUACAUUAGGGUUUCUUUUAGUUAUGACUGGAGUUAUGACUGGUACUAUCUUAUUAUAUGUGAAAAUAUUUAUAUUUCUAAGAAACCACAGGAGAAUGUGUCCAUUACAGAGACAUAUUCCAGCACGUAGUAAUAAUUGGGCAUUUAUUGGCCCAGGUGCCAAUGGACAUCUUAUGAUGAAUUGGAUCAAUGGAUUUACAAACGGCAUGAAUCAAAUUCCAACAAUACCACAAAAUCUAGCCCAUAUUGCAGGUCGUAUUCGGCUGCCAAGGCCAGUAAAGAAUGAACAUUUGACGAAAAAGUUCUUAUUUGUAACAAUUAUGUUCGACUCGUUGUGGAUUCCAUAUUUAGUGAAAGCUUUUAUCUCGACGUUAAAUGAAACUGAAAUUCCAUAUGUUGUUGGGACUAUAUUAUCGUGGAUGACCUAUAUGCAAGUGGCUCUAUGUCCACUUAUAUACUUAUGUCUAAUGACAGUUAAAACUAAAUCAAAGAAAAAAGAUAAUAAUGAGGACGCAAUAUACCAGAUUGAUUCUGGACAACUUUGA